AUGGCCACUGUCAGCAGGCCCAGGCCAGUGCCCCUCUCCUACAGGCUACUGGAUGGUCAGGACACCCUCCCACCUAUCGUCUUCCUGCAUGGAAUGUUUAGCAACAGAAAUAUCUUCCGGACUGAGGCUGAGACCCUGGCACAGCAGACAGGCAGGAAGGUAUUGAUAAUGGAUGCUCGGAACCAUGGAGAGAGCCCUCAUAACCCUGACUGCAGCUAUGAAGCCAUGAGUGCUGAUGUGCAGGCUCUCCUGUCAAAACUAGGACUCACUCCCUGUGUCCUCAUCGGGCACAGCAUGGGGGGCAGGACAGCCAUGACUCUGGCACUACAGAAGCCAGAGAUGGUGGAACGCCUGGUAUCAGUGGAUAUCAGCCCCUUGGUGGCCGUGGACAUGCCAAACAUCUUUAAAAUUAUACCUGCUAUGAAUUCUGUAAACAUCCCUAGAAAUAUUUCCCACUCCCAAGCCUCUGAAGUACUUGAAGAGCAUCUGAAGCCAUUUGUCAAGGAUUCAAGUAUUCGACAGUAUCUGUUCAACAGUCUGGUGCGAAUCAAUGGUCGCUAUGUGUGGAAGGUCAAUUCUGAAAAUCUGUGGCAGCAUAAGGAGCAGUUUGUGGACUAUCUGCAGAGCCAGGGAGUCUAUUGCGGCCGCACACUCUUCCUCCUAGACUCCAAUUCACCCUUUGUCCCGCCCAGUCACUACCCCAUGAUCAAGCGCCUAUUCCCUGAAGCCCAGUUCCAGACCAUCCCUGAUGCUGGCCACAUCAUUCAUAUCAAGAAACCCAAAGAGUUCAUGAACAGCAUACUAAGUUUCCUGUCCUAA